GAGCGAGCUGUGUCGUCGGUGGAGUCGCCGUCGCUGCGAGUUUGCAGCUGUCCGUCUCCGAAUCACUACUGUAUGUGCUCAAUUGCACCUGCAUGGCAAGGCCAGCACCGCGAUGCGCUAGGUCUCCCCCCUCCCACACCACGAUCCUCCAGAUCGCCAGAACCUAGUGUCAUCGGACAUUCUGGGACGACCCUUCUUGACACGACCCAACUACCAAGACCCAGAUAGCCCGAGUCAAGAUGUGUAUAUCGGUCCUCUCCACCUCCCAUCCCGAGUACCCGUUCGUUCUCAUCAGCAACCGCGACGAAUACAUCAAUCGUCCUACGCUGGUGGCCGACUGGUGGGAUGAGCCCUAUGAACAUAUCCUGGGUGGUCGAGAUACCCAGCGCAAGGAACGGGGGACAUGGCUAGGCAUUACUAAACAAGGCCGUAUUGCCAUUCUGACCAACUUCCGUGAAGAAGGCGUCGAAGUAAACAAAGACAAGUCUCGAGGCGCGAUAACCAACUCAUAUCUCUGCGUCGAUCCAGAUAGCACAGAGACAGACGAAGAAUACGUCCGACGAUUGCUCAACGAUGUCGGGAUCCACGACGUCGGCGGCUUCACCUUGAUAUUCGGGAAACUGCGAAGACCAAAUCAAACAACAAGUCCCGAAAGCGAAUCCCCCAAUACCAAUCCCUCUUCCCCUUCAAGAACAACCCCCAAGAAGAACCCAGCAAGCCCCUCUCUCUGCGGCUCCGCCGCCUCAGGCCUCGCCGUGAUCAGCAAUCGCACAGAAACAGCCUCCUCACUCAAAUGCAUCGCAACCCACAUUGGCGAAACCCAUGGCUUGAGCAACAGCCACUUCGGCGACGUGACUUGGCCCAAAGUCGUCCACGGCGAACUCCGUCUCCAACAAACCAUCAAAAUGGACGUUCUUCGCGGCGGUGACGAAGCGAAGUUCAUCGAAGGUCUUUUCGAUAUCCUCUGCGUCGACACAUUACCCAAUCGAAAGGAAACGGAAAAUUGGGAUGAGUAUGUCCGACAUAUGCGUGAUUCAAUCAUGAUUCCGCCGGCGAAAGGUGAGCUGGCGAAGCAAAUGGCGGGGUACAUUCCUGCUUCGACGAGUUUGAAAGCGAGCGCGGGGACGGCGAAACCUCCAGAACCGGAACCGGAGAGCUCUACGGCACAGACUGCGAGCGGAAGUGUUGCGGAGACGUCGUAUGGGACUUCGAAGCAGACUGUGAUUCUGGUCAACAAGCAGGGCAAAGUCACGUACGUGGAAAGAACAUUGUAUGACCAGCAUGGAACGCCCAUACCGGAAGGGAAAGGAGAUGUGAGAUUUGAGUUUGAUAUUGACGGUUGGUCAUAGUAUGUUGCGCGUUGCGUUGUAUCAGUCGUAGCACUUCCCAUUCAUCAUUCAUCACAAUGCAGCUGCUGUUACUCGCCGCUACUGUUCACU